UUACUCAACUCAUCAAAAGUUUGUCAAAUACGAUUGAAGACGAUUUUAAAUCUAUAUUUAACCCUGGCUGGUCUAGAGGCCAGUUCCCUGGAGGGGGGAGGGGAUCAAGGGGAGGUAAAGCCUCAUUUUAGGGUUAACACAGCACAUAAACGAGUAUGGUUGAACCCUGCAGUUAUUGUAAAUUUGAACCGUCUAGUGAACCGGACUACUAAAUCAAAAUCUCCGGUUGAUUCAACAAACAGUUAUAGUGAAGAGCAAGAUUCGUUAGAUGGAUACUCAUUGAGAUUGAAUACUUUACCUCCAGGAGAGGUUGAGUUUGGAUCCGUCCUGACUCUAGAUGAUCGUGAUACCCUGAGCCUGGACGGAUCAACACUUAGUUCCGAAGAUGGAGAAAAAAGUUUGGAAGAACGAGCAUCGUUUAGAACAACGUUAGCUCGAAUCCUUUCACCCUCAAAGCUUGAAACUCUAAAUCAAUCCUCGUCUCUACACGAACCUCGAAAACUCUCUGCAACUAAAGUCGAACAAUCACUAGUUUUAACGAGGCUAGACGAAGAUUUAAAUAAAUCAAAUCUGAACAUUGGAGGAGGUCGGAGACUGACCUCAAACUAUUCUAGAAGGGUUGGAUUUGAUCUCUCCACUUCUGAUGAGAAUCUGAUGGACCAAAGUUCUAGAACUGAAAAGAAAAAGGAUUCCGGGAAAGGUUGGAGGUCUGCAAGAAAAUUAUCCCAGACUGAGCUGAUUCCUGAACUAUUGAUUGAGGAUCUAGUAAUGGAGAAGGUGGAAGAGGGAGGAGGGAAGGAUGAGAAGGAAAAUGAUGAAGAUGAAGAUAAUAGCCUCUGCCGAAGGUACAGUAAUCUACUAGAUUUGCCCACUGUGAAUAUUAAUGACUCAAUCAUCAAUAUACCCGGCAACGCUUUCCAUUUCAACCAAGGGUUUGAAAGCACAGGAGAAGAUGUUUUUUUGAGUCGAAAGUCUGUAUCCACCCCCUGGAUGGAUCAGGCAGAGUUAAUCAACCAUCAGGACACAAGGUUUGUGAAAGACUUUAAACCCUUCUUCUUCCUUUGCCAAAUCAGUGGACUUUUCCCUCAGGAAUUAUCUUGGAAACUUCCGUUUAGUUGGUGUUACUGGGGAACCUUUGUGUCCUUGGCGCACCUCCUUAUUCUCCUCUUCCUAUUAGGCUUCUACAUAGUUCAGGUUGGAUUAAAGCUCCGAACUGGAUUGUUGUUUGUAUCCUACAACCUAGCCUGGAUAGUUCAUAUUUCACAUUCAAUAGAUUGGAUUCUCGUAUUUUUUCAUCAAAAGAAGACCUUUAAACAAAUCUGGCAGGGUUAUAGGAAGUUCUACAGAUACCUGCUCGCUGAUAGGUCAGAUCGUAGCUGUAUCAGGUUUACCUGGAAAACCUUCAUAGGUUGGGAGAUCAUGUUUAUCCUGACCGCAGCUGCCCUGCUGGUCAAAUCAUACUCAGACAGGUUCUUUUGCGUGGAGGAGAAUUCUCAUAAUACAACAACAACAACAAUACCAUUUACAGGAUCUAACAUAAAGUUUCGCCAAACCAUCCUAGCUACAGUGGAUCAACUUGAUAUAGUGAGGAACAAUUCUACCGUCAUUAUUCAAGAUGUACUGUUCUGGAUCCAUCUGGCCUGCAACCUGCUAUGUCUAAAUGUCGUCUUUCUCAGUGAGGUGUUUUUUAUGAUGUUGAUUUCUGUGAUAUUUCAUGCUUUCUCCUUCCUACACAAGCAAAUAAACGAACUUCUUGGCAAACCAGACAGUGUAUUUCAUCUGCAAGCAAUUCAUGAUCCACUGGAUGAUAUGGAGAGUAUAAAUAUGGAGAAUGUGCUGAGAUCUGAUCUUAAAUCUGCAAAAACAAGAUCUAGAAGAAGUUCGAGAUUUGGAGGUCCAGGAAGAGAAGGAGGAGGAGGAGGUGAAGAGGGAGGAGAAGGUACUCGUCCUAAUGUUGGUAUCAGUAUCCGAGCACUUUGGGAGCAAAUGGAGGAGUUGAUCGAUCUGUUAGAUCAGGUCAACUCUGUGUUUGGUAUGACCUUGCAGUUCCUCGCUCUGGAGUACCUCAUCUUCUUCCCUGCCCUUUUGUACUUCGUUAUAGAAUUGUACCCUGAGCUGAGUUACCUGAGUUUGGCUGGGUUCCUAGUCACCUGUAUCAUUCUGGGAAUUAGAAGUUUUGUAUUUACUUCUGUGUGUGCUAGAGUUCAUGAGGAGUCCCAGGCACCAAUUAAUACUUUGUACAGGGCGUAUGUGAAAGGAGAUGUUAGCAUUCAAGAUUAUGAUAUUGUAAAUAUGUUUAUAACAAGACUAUCCACAACCACCAUAGCAGUCAGAACCUGGAGCAAGUUCCCCAUAACACGGCAAACAUUUUCCAUCAUAUUUAUUUGUGUUUUUGGGAUUCUGGCUCUUUUACUACAAUCAGAGCACACUAAUGUGGCCCUGAAUUAGUGUAUUCACAUAUAGAGAGUAGUAUUUAGAGACAAAGGUUUAACUGUGGUUUCACUCUAUUCCUACUCAUGUCGUCUUCUUUUACGGGACGACCUUACCGAGGGUAGGGGUGCAGAGCCGCUAUAAGCACCACAAAAUUACCUCCGGAUCCUACUGAUAUGCAGAAUGACCUCCAAGUCCUGCUAAUCCUCUCCUUGCCUCGCUACGUCUCCAAGCCUUUGCAAUUCUGUCUCCGCGUCCCGCAUUUAGAUCUCCGAUUGCUGUUUAUACUUUUUACAGCUUAACCAACCAAAAAUUUAAAUAAAUCUCUUCAUAGUAGAAUCCACAAUACUUUAAACAAUUACUUAAUUAGCAUUUCAAAUAUUAGUUCUUUUCUUGUGAAAAGUUUACACAAAGCAUAAGAUAAAAGCAUGAAUUCAAGAGUUUCUCAAUUCUGUUAUGUGAAUUGGUGCUCAUACAGUUCGUACAUAAUACACCUUUAUAAUAAAAAAAUCAAAAAGUCUAAUAAUUGAGGAGUCUCGCAACAAUUCUUUUUGGGUUUGGUCCAAAAAAAAGACUAAGGGUAAGAGUAGGAAUAGGGCAAAAUUUUUUUUAAAAAGUACCUUGUAAAAGUUUUGAAAUUUUCCUUCAUUUUUGACAUAUAUAUAAAAUGUUA